GUUAUUCUGCAGCUAUUUGUAGUUACCCCGUAUAUAUCGAUUUUAGAACCGUAGCAGACAUGCGUUGACGUUUUAUUAUGGAAUGCACACACAACUUUAUUUUGCCGAGUUCAGUUUUGUCACUUGAAAGAAACGACAUGUGUCAAAUAAUUAAACGAAAUAAAUCUUCCUUGGAAAGUACAUGAAAAAUAUUAGCAAAUAUGACCACCAUCAUAGAAAAUGUACAAAUUCUACAAAAUUUAACAUCUUACACUAAUGACGUAACUAGUGUUGAUUUUGCCGGUGAUUGCGUAUUAGUAACUGGAUCCGGUGACAAACGAGUUAGAGUUUGGCAAUGGCGAUCCGGCACAGGAUACAUAGAAGCAUAUUUUUCUCCAUUGCAAGGGCACAAGUAUGGAGUUACAUCUGUCAAAGUGAGUCCCCGAUCAACUAUGUUAGCUUCGGCCAGCAUAGACGGUACAACCUUGCUCUGGAACUUGAGAACGGGAUCAAAAAUUCACACUAUGGUUCAAGUGGGUGGGGAAGCUGUGAGAGUUUGUAGAUUUUCACCCGAUUCAACAUUACUUGCGACUGCUGGAGAUAAUGGACAAGUUUGUCUUUGGGAUUUGGUUCGACGCAAUUUAGUCAGAUGUUUUCAAAAACACGACGGUGCUGUACAAAGUGUGUGCUUUUCACCCGAUUCUGCUUGGUUGAUCACCACCUGUACGUUUGGCGUGUUGAAAUUAUUCUCCACCGCCGACAUCAUCGACUCGUGCCUUUCCGACAAUCAAACAAUCACCGCUCUUGCCUGGGUAGACGAUGCUCACGAUCUGGGCGUUGUUUCUUGCGAUUUUUCAACUUCUCAAAAGAUUAUAAGUAACGAUCCGCUCACGAAAUUAUAUCAACUAGUUACUUGCGGUAACGACCAUUGCGUGAAACUAUGGGAAAUAACUAUAAUACAAUCGAAAUGUGAAACUCAACCGUCCUCUGUCAAUAUAAAUCUCUGCAGAAUUAUGGAAAAACACAGCAGUGCUUUAACUUGCGUUUGCUUCAACGUGAACGGGUUGUUCAUUGCCAGCAGUAGUCUUGACAAAACGGCAGUGAUCUGGGAAACGAAUUCGGGAAAAGUAAUGACGAUAGUAUCAGGGCAUAACAGAUACGUAGCGUGCUGCGCGUUCUCGAGAGAUGGGAAUUUAUUGGCAACUGGUUCUAACGAUAAAUCCGUGAUUGUUUGGGAUCUCAAAGGGAAUUUAAGCGUUGAUUCGGAACUUGUACGACGAUUUACACCUGCCUUAUUUUUAGAUAAUCACGAACAAAGCACUGAGUAUGAACAGACUGUAAUGAAGAAUGUUGAAUCUAUUAAUGAUGUUCGAUUAAUUCAAAGAUUGGAAGAACACAAUGGUGUAGUGAAUAGUGUAGCUUUUUACGGAAAUCAUCUUAUCGCUUCUGGAUCUGGGGAUAAAUUAAUACGAAUUUGGACAAUUGAAAGCGAGGAAGAAACCGAAGAUUCCGAAAUUACAAUGAAAUUUCAAGAAAAAUCUUACAGUCCAUUAGACGGUCACAAAUAUAGCAUAAAUCACGUAGAAUUUAGUCCUUGUGGUGGUAUGCUUGCCUCUUGCUCUUUAGAUGGAACUGUUGUUAUCUGGAAUACCGAGGACGGCUGUCAAGCAAAAUCUUCUUUCGUAAAUUCGGGAUCCGGUAUUCGCGUUUGUCGAUGGUCCCCGGAUGGUACUAAAAUUGCUACUGCUGGAGACGAUGAAAGGACAACGUUAUGGAAUGUGGAUAAUAUGGAGGAACUUUGUAUUUUCAGAGGCCACUCCGAUGCAGUAAACGCGAUUGCUUUUACACCUGAUUCUUGUUAUUUAAUCACGGCUUGUAAUGAAGGCACUUGGAGAUUAUUUGAUAUUGUGGAUAACAAAAAUUGUGCGGCAUUAAUUAUUUGUGGAGAAGCUCAUGACUUGGGCGUACAAGGGUGUGACUUUAGUCCAUCAUCUGAUUUCAUAUAUAAUAGAAGAAUAAAUAUAAAUAAUGAUAAACAAUUUUAUCUACUAGCAACUGGUGGCAAUGAUUCAAUGGUUAAAUUAUGGCAAAUAACAAUUGGUAAACGAAAUGUAACUGCAACAGGAAGUAUUGGAGGCACUGGGGACGACAUACAAUAUAAGGAAAAAAAAACUUUUACUGGACAUGGUGGCAAUGUAACUUGUGUUCGAUUUUCUCCAAUUCACAGCGAAAUCUUAGGAAGCGUAGCUACCGAUAGAACUGCACGUAUAUGGAGUAUAUACUCUGGAGUGUGUUUGUACGUAUUAGAAGAGCACGAAAGUCUUGUAACUGCUUGUGCAUUUUCGGAAGAUACAUCCCUUUUUAUUACAGGUGCUCUAGAUAAAACUGUCUUAAUUUGGAAAAUACCUCAACAAUUAAUUUCACAAAAUAUAUUAAUGAAUAAUUUAAAAUAUAAUAGAAAAAAGGUUAUAGAUUGGAAGAUUGAUGAUACCUUAAAAUGGUUAGAUGAAAUAGGCUUAUCAAUGUUAAUUAAAAAUGCUUCUGCGAUUUCUUUAACGGGACGUCAAUUAUUUUCUUUAUCGGAAAAUGAAUUAAUAAAAAAACUGCAUAUAGAACAGGAUGAUGAGACAGCAGAAGCAUUUAAAACACAAUUGUAUUGGUUGAAACGUGAAGAUGAUAAUUCUAUAGAAAUUUCUAUAGACGAUACCGAAAUACCUCACGAAUUUUUAUGUCCUAUUACACAUGAAAUAAUGAAAGAACCUGUUCAAUGUUCUGAUGGAUUUACAUAUGAGAAAGCAGCUAUAAAUGAAUGGUUUUUAUGUGGAAAAUAUACUAGUCCAAUGACAAAUAAAUCUCUUCGAGAUACUUCAUUUACUCCAAACAUUAUACUCAGGAACGCGAUAUAUACUUUUCUUCAUGGAAAUCGACCACAACUUUAAAUAUUAAUAAUUAUUAAUAAUUGAUUAAUUUAAUUCAUAAUUGAAAGUAUGUCUAAUAGAAAUAUUUGUAACAAUUUCUUUUUUCUUUUCUUUUUUUCUUUUAACUAAUAUGUUACAUAUCUUUUUCUCAAUCACUUGACACUUUUCUUUAUCACAAUUUAAGAAACUUUAUCAGAAAAAUUGUAUGCACUCCCAUAUAUAUAUGUAAUGUUAUAAAAGACAAAUCAUAAAUGCGCACAAAAAUUUGUUGUACAAAUAUAAUUAAAAAAAUCGAUGAAAUCGAUAAAAUAUACUUAAAUACACUUACGUA